AGUUUAAGGGGACAUGAAGGCAACUCGAGCGUUUCACAGUGCGGUUUAAUGCAAGAGGUGCGUAAAUAUAAGUUAAGAAUUAGAAUUGAAGUUUCAUUACUAAUUUUUGAUUUGUGGUGGUAUGUUAUAUGCGUAAACUGCUAUUUUAAGUAUUUGGAUUGCUGAACAAUUUCGCAAACUGAAACGCAAACACUGUAAAGAUGACAUUAUGACAUCCUCACACGAAUGUUCAAGUUUACGACUGUUUUGAACGCAGCACCAAUGUUUCAAGUCCGGUAGUAAAAAUCAAGAGUGGAAAAAAGUGGAAUAAAGUUUAGUAUGUUACGGUCUUCUGAACCGUUUGUACUGAAAGGCUGUAAAACCCAUUGUCCCUCCUUAUGACGGUCGAAGAUGAGUCUUUUGAGAGCAGGCAGGCCUUGGUUUGACGAAGCUCAAAAAAUUACGCGGGGAAGUUCCCUAGGAAAUCCCCCCCGAACGGGGAUAUUACACUCGACACAGAUCCGUCAAAAUCUUCGACAUAAUCGGUCGGUUCAAGAGGGGAAGCAAAAGAGACGUCAAAUGUAUGAUCAGUAAGAAAUAUUUCUGUCACUAUCAACCAUUUAACCUGCCAUGGACAGCGUCGGUGUAAACGCAGACGGUAACGAUGCGCCGAAGGACAAAAGCCGCAGUUUCAGCACACUGAACACUCUUUAUCACGAGACUCAGCAGGAGAUCGAGCUUCUCAACAAGCAACUAAACUUGAAGGAUAACAUCAUCGCAGAUCUAAAGGCAAGACUGGGCAGAUAUGAGAACCUCUACCUGACUGUGGGAGACCAGGAAUCGGUGAUGAUCGGGCCCUCCAAGUCUCUGCUGGAGAGCCUGUGUAAAGAGAUCUGCAAGCUGAAACAGAGGAGGAACGACCUGGAGUUCAAGACGUCCAGACAAGAGGAGGAGAUCCAGAGGCUGAAUGUGCAGCUCAGAGAGAAGGAGCUGGUGCUGGAGAGUGUCAGGUGUCAGCCAGACCACGAGAAGGACCAGGAGAUCCAGAGGCUACGGUUAGCCCUGGAAGAGAGGGAGCGGACAGAGGCCACGAGAGCCGUGCUCUGCAGCUCCCUGGCGGAGGAGGCCGACAAGCUGCGAAGCCAGCUUAGUGCAACUAAGGAGGAGGAAGGAGAGACGCAAACGGCGGCACAGCAUACGACUAAGGAGAUGACAGACUCCUCUGACGCAAGUAGUGUUAACAGCCAGAUCCUUCAACUCCAGGAAGAAAACAAACGGCUGAAGCAGCGAGUAGUAUAUGUUCAAGGUUUGAACUGUCAGUGGCAGAAGUAUGACACAAGCAGGGAGGACUACAUCAGAGGUCUGUGUCAGAGGCUGAAGGAGAGCACAGGGCAGGGUCUGAUGCCUGGAAUGGGAACCGUCAGCACCGGGUUGCUUCAUCAAGAAAUUUCCAGACUUAAUGGUUUACUGGAGGACAAGAUGAGUGAGUGUGCCAGGCUGGGCCGAGAGGUGGAGCAGAUCAGGUGGCAAGACAAAGAGCGAAUCCAGACACUGGAGCAGCAGGUCCUCAUCUACACAGAGGAUUUUAAGUCGGAGCGCAGAGACAGAGAGCGAGCACAGAGCCAGAUCCAAGACCUGAAGGAGAAAAUCUACGAGUUAAAACGGCAGCUACACAAACAGCAGGGGGCUUCCAGAGAGAGCAGAGACGUAGUUCCUGCGUGUGGUGUGCACAUAGGACACCGGCUCGCCCCACGGCGGCACAAGGACAAUACAGAGCAUCUGUUGAGGACCACAGCUGGGGGACAGCAACAGACUGCAGCGCCGACAGGAGCAGCAGCAGCAGCAGCAGGAGCAGCAGCAGUAGCAGGAGCCAACCCUGCCUGGAGUGAAUGUCCAGGCCUGUCUGAGUUACAGUGUCCACGCUGCCAGGCCAAGUUCAAUGAUACAGACGUUGCAGAGUACCUGAAACAUUGGGAAGAAUGUGCCAAACUAUAGAAGAACUUUUCUUUUUUUCUUUUUUUUUUUUUCAAAAACAGACAGAUCUUUUUGCUGACAGCAACUAAACACUGACGAGCAGCACUACACAGCCGAAAAUAAUCCUGCUGGGAAUUUCCAGCUUUGGAAAACGUGAAUACAAUUUACACAAGUUUCAGGGAAUCAAAACUAUAAAGCCCACAGUUCCGCUAUUAGAAAGAGUAAUCAGGCUUCUAGUUUAACAAACUGUCAGAUUUUAAUUCCUGUAACAGUUACCUGGAAUAAUGAUGCAGAGGAAAAGGAUGUCAAUGCAAUACAACAAAAUAUUACAGAAGAGAACUGGGGACCAAGUGGAACUUUACUGGUAUCUGACCAUUUUUAUUUCUGUGAUUAAAGUCCGAUUCAUGCUGUUUCUUCUCAAUAAUCAGCCUUCAUUUUUAAUAUUUAUUUUUAAAGGUUCAAAUAGCCAUAUUUCGCUGGGCUUCAGAGAAAAAGAAAAAUCUGAUUUUUAAGACAAAGUGAGAACUCUCAGUUAAAAGGAGAAAUACUGAGUGUCAGAGUGACUUCUAUGAUAUAGUCAAAAUUCCCAGAGAAAUUUUGAACUACUUAGAAAAAGCCAGGCUUUACUGUCACAAUGGAAGGAGUGAGAAUUAUAUACUGAGAGAAUAAAAGUGUUGGAACGCUGACUCAGACAUUAUUCUAAAAAUGUCAAUACUUCAACGAAAGUGUUGUUGUUGUAGCCCUAAUCCUCCUUGAGAAAUAUCAAAUACCUCAAUGUGUCAAAUUACAAAGACAUUGCACUUUUUUGACAUUUAGCCAAAACCUAAUUGUACAUUGUUUGAUUUUAACAAUUUGAAAUACAUAAGCUUAUUUUGGAACUUUCGAACAUCUAGUCAAUUAUGUGGUGCUAAAAUAUUGUAGUAUAUAUUUUUUUUGACUAAGCUUUACAUAUUUCUGUUCUAUAAGUUAUACGUUAAGACAAAUUAAUUAACUAUUUAUUAUUUGUGUAUAUACUAAAAAAUGUUGGUUUUUAAUACAUCCAAUGUAUUUUUUACAACAAUACCAGAGAAUAUGUAUGUUUGAGGAAAAAUACAUUUACCAUAUGUAAUAUUUUGAAAAAAGAAAAAAAAAGAUCUAUUUGCAUCCCAGCUGACACUGUUUUUGAUGAAUGCUCUGCAGUCUUCAAAGCUGGCACAUUAUUUUUGUAAUAAAAUACAUUUAACCUCUCUAA